AUGGACAAUCCAGAUGAAAAAACUCUGCGCGACUAUGAGGCAGAUCGUCAGACUCGCGAGGUUUACCGUUAUUUCCAGCCGAAGAAUCCAGCAGCGCUUAAUGCAACAUUACUUGAAUUCGAUGACCAUGAGGUCUCCAUAGAAGACGUGUCAACUCUUGCGACCCCUGUUGUACCUGGUUUAUUAGAAUCGGAGACACCUUCUAUCGAGGAUAGUCCUUCUAGUCCAAAUACAACUUUGACUUCUUUUGCACAACUAGCUGCUCUACGCCUGAAUGCGCAGCGGGCCUUCAUUACUAUAUUGAACACCGACUCUCAGUUUAUAUUAGCUGAAGCUACAAGAAACACCAACCUCAGAAGCUCAAAAUCGUCCGUGGGGGAAGGAGAUGAGCUUUUUGCUGGGACUUCGACAUUGUCAGAUGCUUGGAAUAUAUGUCAGGAAACUGUUGCAAUUGACCCAGACCUGCAAAAUGGAUUGUAUUCCUUUUUGGUUGUCAACGAUCUUGAAAAAGAGGAACGCUUCAAAGAAUUGCCUUUUGUCAAGGGAAAGCCACACUCUCGUUUCUUUGCUGGGACGCCCCUCACGAGCGGCACCGGUAUCAAUUUGGGAUGUCUGUUUGUACUGGAUCCUGAACCCCGCGCCGGGUUAUCUGAUAUCGAGAAAGAUACAUUAGGAAGAGUGGCAGAGUUGGUUAUGGACUACCUGCUCGUUAGCCGUCAAGCUGUGGAGGGGCGACGUGCGUCGCGACUGUCGCAGGGUCUUCAUCUUUUCGUUGACGGCAACUCGAGUUUUGCUAGCAAUGCUCGCAUGUCGUCUCGCACGAAUAGCUCGGCACAGAGCAUGUCUUCAAGGGCAUCACCUUACCUCAGAGCGAGCGGAUCUACAAGCUCUCAAAGGAGCGAAUUAGACCUCCACCUGGCACGUUCGGAAGCUGGAGAUGCAUACUCUCAACACAAUACACAGUCUUUGGGUUCAGCUGCCAACCGGAUUGAUAUAAGUGCCCCGGCCAGCUCAACGGGAUCGUUUCAAAGCUCAGGGAAAGCUAAGAGUAGCUCGGGAGACUCGUCAAGUAGCAACCAUUGGCUUUUUCAACGAGCUGCGAACCUUUUGCGACAGAGUCUGGACCUAGACGGUACUGGCGGGGUGAUGUUUUUGGAGGCUAGCGACAAGUCUUCAGAAUAUGUCGCAAACGAUCAUUGUGAUUCCGCUGAAUCCACAACCACUGCACCAAUCCUUGCGCUAUCCACCAGAAAUGAUCCGUUUUCAUAUCAGGCAAACUCUCCGCUGUCAGACCCAGCUGUCAAUCUUGAUAAGCAAUUUUUGAAGGAAUUGAAUCGCCGCUAUCCUAAAGGAAAGCUCUGGUCAUUUCACCGGGAUGGAACCUUUUCUACUACGGAAGAUCAGCUUACGAACGAAACCCCGAAACAACGGAAGAAGUCUAAGGUGUCGGAGACCAGCAAACUAAAUAAAUUCUUCCCUGAUGCAUGCCAGGUCAUGUUUGUCCCACUAUGGGAUGCCACAGAUUCCCAGUGGUUUGCGGGGUGUUUCUGUUGGACUCCCCAGCCAACGCGGGUUUUCAGUCGAGCUAUUGAUCUGAGCUCGGUAUUUGCCUUCGGGUCCUCUAUCAUGACUGAAUACAGCCGGGUGGAAUCAGUCAUCGCAGAUCGCCAAAAGGGAGAUUUUAUAAGCAGCAUCUCCCACGAACUGCGCAGCCCGCUACAUGGUGUCUUAGCUGCGGCUGAGUUUUUAGCAAGCACCAGCUUGGAUCAGUUCCAGGAUAACCUUCUUGACACUAUAAAUGCCUGUGGUCGAACACUUCUGGAUACGAUGAAUCAAGUUUUGGACUUCAGCAAGAUCAUGACCCUGGAAAGGCACAAGAAGACCUUUAAGCGUGGUAAAGAUCCCUGGAAACCAAAGCUCACCGAGGAAAGUGUCACGCGCCUGGAUGAACUGAUUUCAACGGACGUGGCUCUCUUAACAGAGGAUGUCGUAGACAGCGUGUGCUUAGGUCAUUCUCAUGCCCAGCGAUCAGUUAAGUCCACCAAUCAGUCCGCAGAUGUCUUUUCAGCCUCACGUUCGGAAUCGGCGACAACGGACAACCAAGUUGACAUGAUCCCAGAAGUGGAGGUAGUUGUUGACGUUUCUAAUAAUGACUGGAUGUACAAAGUUCAACCCGGGUCAUUGAGACGCCUGAUCAUGAACAUUCUCGGCAAUGCCAUGAAGUAUACCCAAAAAGGGCGGAUUUCUGUCUCCAUUGAGGCCACUGAACAUUUAAAGGGACGUUCUCGGCGCCAGGGUCUAGAAGACAUGGUGACAUUGACGAUCUCAGAUACUGGCAGGGGUAUUUCGAAGGAAUAUCUCCGGAAGCACCUGUUCACUCCAUUCUCGCAGGAGGACUCAUUAUCAGUAGGCACUGGUCUUGGUCUGUCAAUCGUCCGCGGCAUUGUGAAAACGAUGAAGGGGAAAAUCAGUGUUCGAAGUCGACAGGGCGAAGGCACCACUGUCAAGGUGUCCCUUCCCCUCGAGCGUCUAGCAGGAGAGGAAACCCCAAUUCCACCAGCCCAUGGGGGAUCUCUGGAGCAAAGGAAACUGAUCAUGUCCUCUCAGCUGCGUCGAGGUGAUUUCGCUGGGAAACGUGCAGCUAUAUGGGGAAUUGAUAUCUCUCAGAUUGGGGAGAAUCAGUUUUGGGCUUCCAUAGCCCGAUAUAUCACGAGCUGGUAUGGCUUACAGCUCGUUCCUUUAUCCGCCAAUGAACCUGUUGAUAUUUUAUUGGCGGACGAGAAAGACUUGUCUGGAAAGGAACUGCACCAAUUCCCGACUGCAUUACCAAGCCUGCUCGUCUUUUGCAACCAGUCAAAUAGCCAUGGUGACCCUAGGGCACAAUGGUCCCAUCUUGCUGAAUCCCUGGCAAUUCUCCAUCGACCUUGCGGUCCGCAGAAACUCGCCAGAGGUAUCUUGACUUGUCUUGACACAACACCAAAACCCACCAGUUUGCAGCUACAAGCUGUCGGACACCACAACUUAGUCCCAGAGCGACUUGCUUUUGCAUGCUCAACUCAACCAAUGAACGAACCUGGGACCUUGUCGUUGGCAACUGUAGGGCCGCAAAAUAUCAACUCUUCGCACUCCAUGCAGGAACCAAAAUCGUAUGCCAUGGAUCCCGCAGAGCAUGAUGGUGCUGUCAGCCCUCGCGGAAAAACGUCCGAAAGUGCCGCUUCUCCUCCGUCAUCUUCUUCUUCUCCAAUUCUUUCUGACAGCUCUGAUGAUGUUGGCACCUCACCUGAUAUACAAAGUAAACCUCGGGUCUUGGUAGUAGAUGACAACAGCAUUAAUCUCCACCUCAUGGCGACUUUCUUGAACAAACGAAAACUCGUGGUUCUAGACAAAGCCGAGAACGGCCGAGCCGCCGUUGACGUGGUUGAAAGAACGUCGCAAGGAUAUGACCUUAUCUUCAUGGACAUGUCUAUGCCAGUGAUGGAUGGAUUCGAGGCUACGCGCGCCAUUCGUGCGAUUGAGAAAGAACGGGAUGGCUGUGUCCCAGCAACGAUCAUCGCUUUUACUGGACUCAGUAGCUCACGCGAUGAGUCCAAAGCAUUGGAAUCAGGAGUGAACUUGUUUUUUACGAAGCCUGUUGCAUUCAAGGAGGUAUCGAGGCUUCUUGAUGAAUGGCAAUCUACACGACCCAGAACAGAAGAUGUGGGCAAAUGA